UGUCUCUCUUACUCUCUCUCUCUCUUUUCUGAGGUACUUUAAAAGCCACUAUACAUCAUACAUAAGAGAAGAGAAGAGGAAACAAGCUACCAAGCAAUGCCAUUUACAGAGAUGUAAAAAAAAAAAUCAGAAAAGCUCCAGGAAAGCAAGCCACUGAUAUAACGUUCGCCAGGAAGCUUCAGACUGCAGAAUGCCUGAAGCUAGCAUAAAAUAAUUAAAGCUGAUAGAAGACAGUGAAUGUUUGAAUGUGUCACACAGCAUAACCCAGUCACUCAUUUGGAGACUGAUUGAAUAAGGCGCACUAAGGACACUGUGGCACACGUCUUACUAGAAGGACCACCUUUUGAAUGAUAUCACAUAAGCUAAGAAGAGCAUGCACUUUGUGUAGAACACAAUAGUAAGGCUGUAAUUGAGCCUCAUUUCAGCUGAACUCAACAUGUUGCCUGGCCAAGCAAGUGGGUUAUGUUUCUUUUUUGUUUCUUUUUUCUUUGGCUGAGGAGCAGUCUAUUAAGUAUUGCAUGGCAAAGGACAGUGAAUCACCUGCACGGAUCUCCAUGUGGCGAGAAGCAAUGAGAAGGAGACGCUACUUACUUGACAAGACUGAGAACACGGCUAGCAGGCAGAGAUCGACAGACUGGCUGUAUGAUUCUUAUUAUUGCAUGAGCCAACAACAUCCUCUCAUUAUUUUUCUGUUGAUUAUUGUGAUGGGACAAUGCCUUGCUCUGCUGGCUGUCUUCUUUGCUACAGGGCUGGCAAUUGAGGACCAUGUGGCAUUUUUAAUAACCGUUCCAACGGCCUUGGCAAUAUUCUUCACCAUUUUCAUCCUGGUUUGCAUAGAAUCCGUGUUCAGAAAGCUGCUACGCAUUUUCUCAGUGGUAAUCUGGGUGUGUCUUGUUGCCAUGGGUUACCUUUUUAUGUGUUUUGGUGGAAUUAUCUGUCCAUGGGACCAGGUGUCCUUCUUCCUCUUCAUUAUCUUUGUGGUGUACACCAUGCUGCCCUUCAAUAUGAGAGAUGCCAUAAUUGCCAGCAUUAUAACUUCUUUGUCACAUACCAUCGUACUCAGUGUCUUUCUGUCACUAACUUCAGUUACAAGACAACACUUGGCUUGGCAGAUAUUGGCAAAUGUCAUCAUUUUCAUCUGUGGAAAUUUGGCGGGAGCAUAUCAUAAACAUCUAAUGGAGCUUGCUCUACAGCAAACAUACCAGGAUACCUGUAAUUGCAUCAAAUCCAGGAUCAAGCUUGAGUUUGAAAAGCGUCAACAGGAACGUCUGUUACUUUCUCUACUGCCUGCUCACAUUGCCAUGGAGAUGAAGGCAGAAAUCAUUCAAAGGCUACAGGGACCAAGGGUGGGCCAUCUGGAGAACACAAACAACUUCCAUAACCUAUACGUCAAGAGGCACACAAGUGUAAGUAUUCUUUAUGCUGAUAUUGUUGGAUUCACACGACUGGCAAGUGACUGUUCACCAGGGGAACUGGUACACACUCUUAAUGAGCUGUUUGGAAAGUUUGACCAAAUUGCAAAGGAAAAUGAAUGCAUGAGAAUUAAAAUUUUAGGAGACUGCUACUAUUGUGUUUCUGGGUUACCAAUACCCCUGCCCAAUCAUGCCAAAAACUGUGUCAAGAUGGGACUUGAUAUGUGCGAAGCCAUAAAGAAGGUGAGAGAUGCAACAGGAGUUGACAUAAAUAUGCGUGUUGGAGUGCAUUCUGGGAAUGUCCUCUGUGGAGUCAUUGGGUUACAGAAAUGGCAGUAUGAUGUUUGGUCACAUGAUGUCACACUAGCAAAUCAUAUGGAAGCUGGAGGAGUGCCUGGGCGCGUCCACAUUACUGAAGCUACUCUGGAGCAUUUAAAUGGUGCAUAUAAAGUUGAGGAUGGUGAAGGACACAUCAGAGACCCUUACUUGAAGGAGCACGAUAUUAAAACCUUCCUUGUCAUUAACCCUAAAAGUGAACGCCGAAGCCCUCAGCUCCAUGUCCGGCCACGGCAUUCUUUAGAUGGUGCUAAAAUGAGAGCAUCUGUUCGUAUGACACGAUACUUGGAAUCAUGGGGAGCUGCUAAACCAUUUGCACAUUUACAUCAUCGAGACAGCAUGACUACAGAAAACGGCAAGAUCAAUACCGCUGAUGUGCCUAUGGGUCGGUAUAAUUUCCGACAUCGUUCAGAAAGAACAAAAUCACAAAAAAGGAGGUUUGAAGAGGAGUUAAAUGAACGGAUGAUUCGAGCGAUUGAGGGAAUAAAUGCUCAAAAGCAGUGGGUUAAAUCAGAAGACAUUCAGAGAAUAUCGUUGUUCUUUCACGAUAAUGUUUUGGAAAAGGAAUACAGAGCAACUGCACUACCGGCUUUCAAGUAUUAUGUCACUUGUGCUUGCAUCAUCUUCUUCUGCAUCUUCAUCGUGCAAAUAUUAGUCUUGCCAAAAACUUCUGUCCUCGGAAUUUCAUUUGGAGCUGCAUUUCUCCUUCUUUCCUUCAUCGUUUUUAUCUGUUUUGCUGGACAACUUUUGCAAUGCAACACAAAGGCUUCAGAUUCACUCAUGUGGAUUCUGAAAUCCUCAGGAAUAAUUGCAAACAAUCCCUGGCCAAGAAUGGCUCUGACCGUGACAACUACAGCUAUAAUAUUAAUCAUGUCCAUAUUCAAUAUGUUCUUCUUGGACAACAAAAUAGCACCAUUCUUCAACAGCAUUAAUACUUUGAAUGAAAGUUUACAUGGUUCACAUAAUCAUUCCAUGAAGAUCGUGCAAGAUGACAGCUUUUUCCUACCAUACUUUAUAUACAGUUGCAUCCUGGGGUUGAUUUCCUGCUCAGUGUUCCUGAGAGUCAGCUAUGAGCUAAAGCUGGUGACAAUGUUAACAGCAGUCGUGGGCUACAGUAUCAUAUUCCUGCAUACACAUGCCUCCAUGCUCGAUGGCUACAGCAAUCUCCUGUAUAUGUCCAUGCCAUUUAAAAGGCCUGGAAUUUUGAAGGAGCUGAAGACAAUGGGAUGUGUCUCUCUUUUUAUCUUCUUCAUAACAUUAUUUGUCUUAGCAAGACAGAAUGAAUAUUACUGUAGGUUAGACUUCCUAUGGAAGAACAAGUUUAAAAAAGAGUGUGAAGAAAUUGAGACAAUGGAAAACCUGAACCGAGUCCUGCUGGAAAAUGUGCUCCCUGCCCAUGUGGCUGAACACUUUUUGGCACGAAACUGGAAGAAUGAGGACCUGUAUCAUCAGUCGUACGAUUGUGUUUGUGUCAUGUUUGCCUCCAUUCCCGAUUUCAAAGAAUUCUAUACUGAAUCAGAUGUCAACAAAGAAGGCUUGGAAUGCCUGAGACUACUAAAUGAAAUUAUUGCUGACUUUGAUGAUCUGUUGUCUAAGCCCAAGUUUAGUGGAGUGGAGAAGAUCAAGACCAUUGGAAGCACAUACAUGGCAGCAACGGGCCUGAGUGCCUCGCCAGGACAGGAACAAAUUAUUCAGGAACCUGAAAGGCAGUGUGUUCACAUAGGAACCAUGGUAGAGUUUGCCUUUGCGCUUACAGCAAAGCUGGAUGUCAUCAACAAGCACUCUUUUAACGACUUUAUGCUACGAGUUGGUAUGAACCAUGGGCCAGUCGUAGCAGGUGUUAUCGGUGCUCAGAAACCACAAUAUGACAUAUGGGGGAACACCGUGAAUGUGGCAAGUAGAAUGGAAAGCACAGGGGUACUAGAGAAAAUACAGGUUACAGAAGAAACUGCCAAUGUUUUGCAGAUACUUGGCUACAGCUGCUCUUGCCGGGGAAUAAUUAAUGUGAAAGGGAAAGGCGAACUGAAGACAUACUUUGUGCAUACAGAAAUGACACGGACCCUUUCACAGGGGAAUGUUGCAACCUGAAACACACUAUUAUCAGUUCACUAUAGUUUACCAAGAACACCAAUGUCAUCGGCAUAACUACAGGACAUUUGUAGAUAGUUUCAUAACUGCACGAAUCCUGGGCAUGUUCACCAAGUAGUGACAUGUAGUGGACACUGUCAGCAUUGUCCAGAGAGACAAUCUUUAUUCAUAGGACAAGUUUUGUACAAAUCGUGUCUAAUGUUUAAUGCCAUUGUUUUUGUAAAAGUUAAUCAUUAAAGGUUUAUAUGUACCUUUGCCUUAAAA